ACAAAAUUCCAAUUGCGUCAGGUUCAUGGACAAAUUCACAACCAUUAUAAUCCUGCUGCUAAACGUUUGACUUGGCAAGUUGAAAGAGACUCCUAUCCUUUCUACAACCUUAACAUCCUGUUUCAGACCACCUUAUCUGUCUGAAGUUAUAAUCUACAAUGAAAAACACCUUCCUUUCUCAUUCUCUCCUUGCUUCUUGGAUUGAAAUGAAGAAAUUCAACAAGAAGCUUGAUCUUGCCUUGCUUCUACUUCCUAUAAUCCUGUUUUUGCAACCCAUAUCGGCUAUUGACUUUGUCUUCAAUGGAUUCAAUUCCUCUAGUGUUUCACUCUAUGGCUCGGCCAUCAUUGAAUCUCGCAUUCUUACACUUACAAAUCAAACAUCUUUCAAAAUUGGCCGUGCUUUGUACCCAACAAAGAUACCAACCAAAGAUCCAAAUUCUUCAUUUGUGUAUCCAUUUUCCACUUCUUUUAUUUUUGCUAUGACCCCUUACAAGAAUGUUCUUCCUGGGCAUGGCCUGGCUUUUCUUUUUGUGCCCUGUACAAGCAUUCAAAGCUCUAUUUCAGCUCAAUAUUUAGGCUUUCUGAAUCGUACGAACGGUAACCGUUCAUAUGAUCAUCUGCUUGGCAUCGAGUUUGAUGUGUUUGCAAAUGAAGAAUUCAGUGAUAUGAAUGAUAACCAUGUUGGAAUAGAUGUAAAUACACUUACAUCAAUUAAAGCAGCAGAUGCAGGCUAUUGGCCUGAUAAUUCAAGAAGCAGCAACAAUGAGAACACCAGUGAUGAGGAUAGGAAUUCUUUUAAGGAACAGGAUCUAAAUAAUGGUAAAAACUACCAAGUUUGGAUUGACUAUGAAGAUUCUAUGAUUAAUGUUACUAUGGCUCCGGCCGGCAUGAAAAGGCCUUCCAGGCCUUUAUUGAAUGUGUCUCUUAAUCUAUCUGACGUUUUCGAGGAUGAGAUGUAUGUGGGAUUCACUUCUUCAACCGGACUGCUUGUUGAAAAUCACAAGAUUUUGGCAUGGAGCUUUAGCAAUUCCAAUUUUUCGUUGAGUGAGAGGUUAAUCACUACUGGGUUGCCAUCGUUUGUGCUUCCUAAAGAUCCAUUUUAUCGGUCUAAAGUGUUCAUUGCAGGAGCCACAGUGGGAGGGGUCCUUCUUGUUGUUUCGGCUGCUACAAUUAUAUGGUUUUUGAUUAAGAGAAGACAAAGGAAAGCAAGGGAGAGAGAGGAAAUGGAGGAUUGGGAAUUGGAGUACUGGCCACAUCAGGUUAGGUAUCAAGAAAUUGAGGCAGCAACAAAAGGAUUCAGUGAAGAAAAUGUUAUUGGAAUCGGAGGAAAUGGAAAGGUCUAUAAGGGUGUUUUACCAGGAGGGACAGAGAUUGCAGUGAAGCGCAUUUCACAUGAAAAUGAUGGGAUGAGGGAGUUUUUAGCUGAAAUUUCAAGUCUUGGAAGGUUGAAGCAUAGGAGUUUGGUGGGGUUGAGAGGUUGGUGCAAGAGAGAAAGAGGAGUCUUCAUGUUGGUAUAUGACUACAUGGAAAAUGGGAGUUUGGAGAAGAGGGUGUUCGAUUGUGAUGAGAGUAAAAUGUUGAGCUGUGAAGAGAGAAUAAGAAUUUUGAAAGACGUGGCUUCUGCAUUAUUGUAUUUGCACGAGGGAUGGGAUUCUCAAGUCCUACACAGAGACAUUAAGGCCAGCAACGUGUUACUUGACAAGGAUAUGAAUGGAAAGCUAGGUGAUUUUGGAUUGGCUCGAGUGCACGGGCGUGGUCAAGUGCCUAGCACCACGCGGGUGGUUGGAACCAUAGGAUACAUGGCACCUGAGGUGGUUCGAAGUGGAAGAACCUCAGCUCAAACCGACGUGUUCGGUUUUGGGGUCUUGAUUUUGGAGGUCAUGUGUGGAAGGAGGCCUAUAGAAGAAGGGAAGCCACCUUUGGUAGAAUCGGUUUGGCAGUUGAUGAUGCAAGGGCAGUCACUUUAUGCCUUGGAUGAGCGACUAAAGGCUAGAGGAGAACAAUUUGAUGAAGGAGAAGUAGAAAGAAUGCUUCAUCUAGGCUUAUUGUGUGCAUAUCCUGACUCUAAAGUGCGGCCGACAAUGAGGCAAGUAGUGAAGGUGACGGAGGGCAAUAAUGAGCUUAGUGAGAUUGAAAGUGAGGAUAUGGAUGCAUGUUUGCUACAACAGAUGAAGUCUACGGAUUUUUGGUCGAGUUAUUCUAGCCAUGGAUCGCACCCAACUUUUGAUGAAAUUAGACGAUACCACUCAUCUUCUAUGUCCUUAUCUUGGAGCAAUACUGUAGUGGAGGGUAGGUGAAUCCGCAAUCAGUUGAUGAGUUACGGUAUCUGUUGGUUUUUUUUUGCAAAUUUAUUGAACUAAAAUUUGCCAGAUUUUCCGUGGCAAGCUUGGAAGAAGCUGCAGAAGUUGGCAGGAUCAAGAUCCAAGAGCAUAUAAAAUGAAACAGUGGGGAGGGAGCCUUGAUUUUGAUUUUCAUUUUUUUCUUCAUGAAUGUUUGAUAGAUUGGGACAAUAAUGUAGAGGAGAAUCCUUUCUUGUUUCUGUACAAGGAAUGAUUAGCAUAUUGGUGUGUACGUAAAUACAGCAAAUCCACAGAUGUUUUUUUCCUUAAA